AUGUGGGAGCAAAAGGUAUAUUCUUUGCCAUGGGGCAGAGGAAAUUAUAUUAAGAGAGCUAAAGAAAAAGGUUCAUACACUAUAGCCUUGUUAUUUUAUUCUUCUGAUCUUUUCUCCAGCACAAACAAAACAAACUCCUCUACUUCCCCAAUGGCUAAGCCUGCAUUAGGCCCUGAACGUGGAACCAAUCCCGUGAUCUGGUUUGCUGCAAUAAUCUUAGCCAUUGUCGCGGUUGCAGUGAUAACCAUCGGUCUUUUUGUGAUCAUAAGUUACCUGGUGAUCCAUCCGACGACUCCCUCCAUCAGCGUCUCGUAUGCUAAUUUGGAUAAAUUUGAUUAUGAUCAGCUUGGGAUGCUCGAUGUGCAGGUCAGAGUAGUUGUUAAGGCCAAGAAUGGGAAUAUUAAAAAUCAUGUUCGUUUUUACGGACUAGAGUUGGUCCUCGCCUUGCACGGGUUACAAAUGGCGAAGCUCGUAAAUGAGCCAUUUGAUGUGAAGAAAAAUGACUCUGUUGAGUUUCUUUAUGUAGUGAAGUCUAACAAAAUUCCGUUAAGGAGUGUUUAUCGCGAUUAUGUGCAAUCGUCGUUGAUGAAAAAUUUGGUAUCGUUGGAGUUGAAGGGAACGACGAAGACUAGGUGGAAAGUUUGGGUUGUUGAUUCGGUUAAAAUUACGUUACAUAUGGAUUGUGACCUGCAUUUCGUUGUUCCGAAUGGGAGUUUGAGUACCGGGUCACGUUGCAGUUCCAAAUCCUCGUAA